AUGGGCUGCACAUUCAUUCUCGUGCAGCUAUUGUUGCAGGCGCCUGUGCAUGGAGCACGCGACGACAGCGAACUCUGUACUGCAUCCUUCAUCCAGAUGGGCCUCGAGCGCUCGAAGUUCAGCAAGGGGUGCUCGACACUGACGGAGGAGGACGUUGAGCGACCCAUUCUGGAGGUCCUUGCAGAACAUCCCGGAGAGGAUGGCUGGUGCCUUUACGGAGAUCUCGUUGGAGGGACAGACUGUGCUGCUGCGCACAAGGCUAAUGACUUGAGUUCCUACAGGCAGCUUUUGGGCUCUCCACUAGACUCCAAGUGCCUAAACUCUUGGGUUCCUAAGACGAUUGUGAUGCCUGGGGUGGAAGUGGCACCUGGCAUCACCAACGUGACUCUCGAUGGCUCCCUUGGUUCGAACGCAUUGGAAGCAAUGGAUUGCUUUGUAAAUGGUUUUUGGAAAGCUCCCAGUGACGUCAUGAUCAAAAACUUCAGUACGGUGGCAACGUUCUCGUCCUUAUACUGUGCAUACAUGUCGACAGUCGUGCCCAACUAUCAGAAGAUUACGAUGCGAGACUUUCUGAUGGAACAAACAGCUGAUAGCCGGGCUCUGUGCGACUUGCUUCAUCCCGAUCAGGAAAAUGGUGCUCGCGUAGUGCACGCACCUCCGUCCCUGAAAGCUGGUCUGAUGCUGCGUGGCGCAGUGCGCUGCUUGCUGUCGAGCAAUUCAGUUAGCGACAACGGCUCGGUGAUCUGUGACAUGGCAGGCUGCGCCAGACAGUUUUGCAUGGGACCACAGAUGCACUACCAGGAUGCCUCUCUGUGUUGA